AUGGCAUCCGAAAAUCCAGAAGCUGGACAAAUGGAUUUUGAGAUAUCCGAAACCAUUAGCAGGCCAGAAGUAGAAGAUGCGGAUACAACUGGCGAUCCAAAAUUCGAUCAGAAAGUUAAGAAUGAACUUAACAGCAAGGAUAAUGAAAACCCAUUAGCAGAGAGCAACAAUGACAAAAAAUCUGACCAUGCUGAGGAGAAUAUUCAAAAUAAAGCCACUUGUGAGAAUGAAGUUGAUGUCAUCGAAGAGAGAAACAAAAAGAAAGGAACGAUAGAAGAAAGGUACAAUGAUGGCAAAUGCGAACCGUGCUUGUUUGAUGAAAUAGAGGAAGAUGCCGUUGCAUUUUGUGCAGUUUGCAUCGAGUAUUUGUGCAAAGGGUGCGCUCGCGACCAUAGAAGGAGUAAGGUGACAAGAAGCCAUAAAGUGUUAGAUGAGAACGAAAUGCCAAAAGACCCCGGCGUUUUCAAAAUGAUGAAGACUAUGACAGCAUGCACUGAACAUCCCGAAAUAGAAGUUUCCUUUAAAUGCGAGAAACAUAAGCAGUUUAUAUGCACAUCAUGUCUGGCUGUUAAUCAUAGGAAAUGCGAGGAAGUAACAGAGGUUUCAAAGGUGCAAAAGUCUUUUAUUGAUGGAGAUACCGAAACCUCACUGUCGGAUAUGUUACAAACUAUUAAUGAUGUAACUGUUGCAGCACGGAUUGCGAAAGAAGAAAAUAUCAAAAAGCUACAUCUGGACCAGGCAUGUAUUGCAGAAGAGCGGUCGGGAUUCAUCGAAUGUCUACAAGAGCAUUUGCUGAAUCUUGAUGAAAAAUCCAAAAUUGAAACAGAAAAUAUUUUAACAGAAGAACUUAAAGCAUUAGAAGAAGAAGUUGAUAAGUGCAAGGAAAUAGAAAACCAAGAAAUUAAGUACAAAGAGCUGCUUGGGGUCGCUAUGAAUUAUGGUAGCACCGUAGAACUGAACGUGAUUUCUGAAUUAGUGAAAAAAGAGGCCGAAAAGUUAAAAGGGGAAACGAAAAAGCAAGAAGCAAAGGCAGCCGUUCGUCUAACAUUUGAAAGCAACCAAAGUUUUACAGAUGUAGCAACUAUUGGAAAUGUUUAUGUUUUAAGAGGCGAGAAAAAAGAGGGUCAUCAGGAUGAAAAUCCCAGGAAGCAAAUCCUUUUGGAAACUUCGAGCGACGUUAUAGACGAGACGUCAUCGGACGCCAGAGAAUCGGCAGAGAAAGGUCCUUUAAUGCAAAGCGUGGUCAGCAGAACUAGAACCAUGCAUGAUCUACAUCAGAGCACCAAUGUAGCCGGACUGAAAUGUUUUCUAACUAGUAUGGUGGUUUUGUCAGAUGGGCGCGUUGUUGUUACAGACCAUAACAACGAAAAUAUUAAAAUUCUUAGUUUGGAUUUUUCUGUAAAGAUGGAAUACAAAGUAGAUGGAAAACCAAUAGACAUGUGUCAAACUUCAAGAGAUAACGUUGCUGUCAUAUUUGAUGGCAAGAAAAUAGUCAAUAAAUAUAUGGUCGCAGAGGAUGCAAUUCAUAAUGACGGAGGAUUCCCGUCGAAACUGUAUCCAAUCAGUAUUGUAAAGUCCGAAGAAAAUGACAACUGCGUGAUUAUUUUGUUUUCCGACGAAGAGAGAAGCACACAAAAAAGAAGUGACAACGACACUAUUGAGAUACAGAUACGAAGUUUUCACAAAGGCGCAAUCCUUAAACAAUUAACCGAUUUCAAAACCAAAUCGUCGCACAAACUGAUCUUAGAAAAUCCUGGUCGUAUUCGCGUGACCCCGAUAAUUAAGGACGCUUUCCUUGUUUCGGAAAACAAGAAGUUACAUUGCUUUGAGACAGACCAUUCGAAUGCAAAUACUAUCAAAGAAAAGUGGUUCUAUAAGAGUUAUAGAGCUAGUAAUAUAGAUGAUAUAACAGACAUUGCUGUGGACAGAGAGGGAAACAUUUAUGUUUGUGGAAAGGGUUCCAGAAACAUCCAUCAGAUAUCAGGUUCAAACUUCAUGAACAACAGAGUGCUCCUAUCGGUACCCGGAUCUCCCCAGUCUCUGUGUGUAGAUGACGAAAGAAGACGAUUGAUUGUGGGUUGUGAAAACGAUGACUUCAUCUACGUUAUUGCAUUAGAAUGA